CAACGUUACGAAAUACGAAACAAUGAGCAGCCUGGACAUAAAUAUGCAAAAGCCCCAGAUACGCACUCGAUUACUUUGAUCUUGCUGAGAUUCGUCGUCUGUUGUCUGAGCAUUCCGGCACCAGACAUUCAGCAGUCGAAGGUCAGAACAUCUGCCCACAAGCGCAGUGAAGUUGAACCAUGGCGUUCGCCAUUCAUGAAGCCUCAGUCGAUGAUGCUGAAGAUUUGGCAAGAAUCUAUGUCGCCUGCCAUAUCGACGACGACGUCUGGAAGAUAUUGACGGCGAACGUGAAGCACCAAGACCACGUUGAAUGGGUUGCAAACAACUCCAGAGCUCAAUACCAUUUGCCAGAAAGAAAAGUGUACAAAGUGAUCGAUACUGCAACUGGCAAAAUCGUAGCUUAUGCCACACUUACUUCCCCGUAUCCAUCCAGUGAGGAAGAGAGAGCCACAUCGGCAAGCACGGCUGGCAAAAGCCUGCCACCAGGAAUCAACGAGGGGCUAAUGAAAGAGUUCUUUGGCAUGCUAUCAUCGACGAAAGCAUAUGGCUAUGACCCUGACAAGCACUUCCAUCGAAAAGGAACAAUGGUAUUGCCGGAAUACCAAAGGAAAGGUCUGGGAACAAUGCUCAACGCGCAUUGCAACGACCUUGCAGACAAGGCCAAAGCAGCUACAUAUGUCGCUGCCCGACCAAAUUCGCUGCCAAUGCUACAGAAAUCCGGAUUCAAGAUUCUUGCCGACGAAAAGAUUGAUAUGACGAAGUAUGGAGGCAGCCGGGAAGACGGAAAGGCAUGGGCUCUGAUUCGAGAGCCUCAGUAGGACGAAUUGGGUCAUGUAACAUUGUGUUCCCUUCACAUGUUGGUUUGCCACCCAAGUCUUAAACAGAUACCCGCGAGGUACGGUUCAGGUCUAUCAAAAGACCCCACUAUCUUUUAACUAGGAUCUUCUGCCAUGCCGUACAACUGUGCC